UUUCUUUUUUUCCUCUCCUUUCAAAUCUUGGAACGUGUCACUUUUCUUCCGAUGUAGUCAUCAGUAUAUUAUUUUAUAGGUAUAUUAAGUGCUGAUUUAAUUAAGGGCUUGAAUAACUCUGCACUACAUCUGAUAUGAAGAUGACUGCAGCUGCAGCGCUGAAAGAAAUGCCUCAAUUACACGGUCUCCAAAAAUCUUCAGUUCUAGCAGACAUUAGCAAUAAAUCGCGCCCUCUCAACACGGAAGUUGACCCAAGGCUGCCACUCAAGCCAUCAAAUGUAAUAAGGAAACCUUCAAAAAAUGUGGAAAAUGAAGUUUUGGGCCUGACACAAGCAUUAAAUAGGGUUCCCAUAAAUGAGGCAACUUUGAAGCUUGCAGAUAAAAGCUGGCUGCAUGAUAAAGAACAGGUUUCUUAUUCAUCAACUCUGUAUAACAUACUGGAUAUAGAUGAAGAAUCUGCAAAUGACGUAAUUUUUCUUGGAGAAUAUGCAAAAGAUAUUUUUGAAUAUCUCAGAGCACUUGAGGUAAAAUACCCAUUGAGGCCAAAUUUCCUAUGUGGCACAGUGACUCCUCAGAUGCGAUUAGUCCUAGUGGACUGGUUAUUUGAGGUACAGGUUCAGUUUUCUUUACUAUCAGAGACUAUUUUGCUGGCAGUAGCUAUCAUAGAUAGAUACUUACAGAAAGUGCAUGUAAUGGACAAAAAGAAGAUACAGUUGCUUGGUGCAGCUUCACUGUUAUUGGCCAGCAAGUAUGAAGAAAUAUACCCACCUGAGAUAAGCAGUUUUGUGUAUAUUUGCAGUAAUUUGUAUACAAAAAAUGAAAUACUGCAAAUGGAAAUGCAGAUCAUGAGGACCAUCAGUUUCUUUGUUGGUUAUCCAUUGAGUGUUCACUUCCUUCGUCGGUACAGCAAGGCAUCUUCUCCGGACGAGGUAACAUACACUUUAGCAAAGUACUUCCAAGAAAUGUGUUUACUGGAUUAUGAGCUGUGUCACUUUGCUCCAUCAUGUCUUGCAGCUGCGGCUCUAUAUCUUGCACUCUGGCUGAGGAGAAAAAAUGAACAUGUCUGGUCUGAAACACUCAUCUAUUAUUCGCAGUACAAACUGAAAGACAUAGCAUAUAUUUCAAAAAAAAUUGCAUUUGCGGUCAUAAGCAUUGAAAGUUUAAAAUAUCAGGCAUUAUAUGAGAAGUACUCGAGCAGCAUGUUCCUGAAAGUAAGCAGUCUUCCUGAAGUAACACCAGUAUACUUGAAGAGGAUAAUAAAACUUCUGUGAUAGUGUUAAACACAUGGUGUAAUUUUUGUGACUGAUCUUGUAUGUAGUAAGAUACUGAACAUUUUAUAUAGUUGACUUCGAAAUAAUACAGUUAAUUUGUCAAUUUUGUACUGAUUGUAAAUGUAGCCUAGCUACAAACAUUGCCAACUCAAUUUCAUAAAAUUUUUCAGGAGAGGCAAAAAAAUUGUUUUGUUUUGCACAUCUACUACCUGCCUUUCGAGUUGAUUAUUACUGUACAGUUUCUUAGCAAUUAGAAUUGUGUUUACAUCAACAUUUUCAUAUGAUCUUACAUAGCUAAGUAGGAAAUGACUGUUGAAAUAUGAUGUUGGCCAUGUUUGUAACUAAGGAAUGGAGUUUGCAGUGUAUGUAACGAACUUUAACUGAACUCCGCAAAUUGCACUAUUCUAACAUCGUAAAAUCCUCAGUAUUGUUAAAAUUUAUUAUAGGGACGUUCGACAAAAACUCAAAACUUCCAGUUUUAUUGAAGAACAUGAAAUUGUUUUAUUAAUGAUAUAAAUGUAAGAAAGUGGUUCUGUUAGCCUAUACAUUCCACAAUAGUGUUCAGUUCCUGAAAGUAUAAAAUCACUUCCACAUCAUCAUAAUCGGCCUCACUAUUCUGAAUGAGGCAGUCACAGAGAUCAGCUUCUGCGGGUACCUCUUGUUUGGUGUCAUUUUAAUCAAUGGUCUUCUGAAACCAUUUCAUUUCCUCACGUUAGUUCCAUUGCUCCCUGUAAUCUUUUAGAAGCAACUUUCUGAUAUCUUGUACCUUCAAGGUAUUUACUCUGAUGCCAGAAACUGGUUCUAUAGGAUUUAUGUCUUUCACCCAUUUACCUUUCUUCAUAACUAACGAAAGCUGCGGAAUCUCGAAAUUAUAGUUGAGUUCUCCACUAACGGUGACCGAGUUUGACUUCCUAGUCUGCACAAAUCUCUUAGUUUGUGAAAUUUUAAAGUGAAGUGCUCCUGGAUCUUUCACAUGUUUUAGCUUCAGCUUUCAAAUCAUCAUGAUUCGAGUGACUAUUCAAGAGCUCUACAAUUCCAUGUUUCCUAAAAACUUCAUGGUACUUUUCUAGUUGAAGAAUUUUCUCCUUUUUCUUUAAAUCUCUUUCAUUUGUUCCAAUCACACUCACUCAGGACGAGUGAAUGACCAGUGACAGGGAAAAAGACUUUCAUCUUCUGAAUGUUCAGCAGAGUACAGGAUAACCGGGAAAGGCACAUUGCCAAAAUUGUAGUGUUCCUAUUUUGUCCAGGGCAGCCAUCCGCCCAAGACUUACACUGAAAGUAUCUGAAUCUGCUUUACGCUGUAGUUCAUGUAACACUGUGGAAGCCACUUUAUUAGAUGACUUUUCAUUUCAUGUUCUCCCCCAGGAGUAUAAAGCAACAUUCUCUUUACGUAACACUAAUUUCCCAGUAAAAUGUCCAGAAACCGUCAAAUUGUACGAAUACAACUGUCUGGAAUAGUAUGCAGUUUGGUCAGGCAGCUUUGGUGUCGGUAGAUUCUUCUGCACGUAGAAUGAUACAAUGUACACACUAAGGGUUUCCUCUUUUAGAAGUUUGUAAAAUCCUUUAGCUUGCAGUGUGUACAAUGUGAAAUCUGUCCGUAGUUUCUUUAAUACUUGCUCAUCAUUCUCAUGCUUUAUUUUCUCAGUUAGUUGCAGGGAAGCAGAACAAACAUCUGUGGGUGGGGCUUUUAAACUGAUAUUAAAAUUGGUGA